AAUCCAGCAUGGCGACCUCCAUAAGCACUCAUUCGGCGACCAUGACUUCGUAACAAGACAUAGCUUGUUUUCUUCAAAAUCCUUUGGUUUUUGUGGAAUCGGCGCAGACAUAUCGGUACCGGGUUCUACAGAGAUUUCUAAAUGGCGAGAUAUUUGGCGCAAGUCAUCGUUGUCGGAGCCCAAGUGGUUGCAAGGGCGUUUGCGCGUGCCUUGCAGCAGGAGUACGCCGCAAGCCAAGCUGCAGCGAAACAAGCUAGCGCUGGGAGAGGCGACACUACGCAGAGGGCAGCCGCAAGCGUCAAGCUGGGCAUGAGCGUACAGGAGGCAAUGCAAAUUCUGAAUGUUGACAAGGCUGACCCCGAGCUGGUGGAAAAGAACUUCAAGCACUUAUUUGAAGUGAAUGACAAGUCGAAAGGUGGCUCAUUUUACAUUCAAUCAAAAGUGUACAGAGCAAAAGAACGCCUUGAUGAAGAGAUGAAGCUUCAGCAGGAACAAGAAAGGAAAAAGAAGCAGCGACAACAAGCUGAAAACACAUGAGAAUGACGCUCGCCGUAGUAGAAUUGUACAGAACGCAAUAUUUACGCACAAAUUUGCCUGGCAAAAAAGUAAAUGUCGUAAUAAUACUGGUAGAACUGCCA